CUCACGGCAUGUCGGACGGUGCACUGUAUGUUCCAGAUCAGGCUGCCCUGGACACAGUGACGGAUCCUUGGAGCGAAGCACUUAGGGCCCAACGCGAUUUGGGGUUAUACAUUCCUAUAAAUUUCCAUACUGUACCUGCAAUAUCGUUGAAGGCGGCAUGCUUUAACAAGAAUCUAUACUCAGACAAGGCUUUCCAAAAAUGCUUUUCCAACCUACUAGCACUUGGAUUACGCAGAUUCAACGUAGACGUAUACUGGGACCAAUUGAACUCAGCAUGGAGUUUAUGUCCCGCCGAAAUAGCUCCAGCAGACUCAGAUACAAACUCUAGUUCUCCUUCAUCCUCAUCGUCUUCAUCAUCAGCGUCAACUUCGAUAAGCCCCUCACCUACUGCUACGAACCAGAGCGUGUCUUCAAGUAGCAGAAGCGUGUCACUCACUGCGAGGCAAACGGUUGCAACUCAGACGUCGCUGUUUCCAUCAUCAGCUCCUACAGUAGAGGCACGGCAAAUUUCCUCAAGCACAAUAAGCCACCCAGCAAGCUCAUCGUCGUCAGCAUCUGGAUCUCAAACUGGAGGCAAUGGCUUCAUCGCUCCAAGUGGGUCGUAUAACUGUACACCUUCGCUGACGCUGGGCUACCUGACAAGAAUUCUUUCGAAUUUCCUUGAAAGAAGCGCCACAACGACGGACGCAACCUCUACUCUGCUCUUGCUCAAUCUUCAUGCUGCCGCUCCUUGGUCUUCUCCAAAUUCGCCAGCCCAGAAACCAGGCCAGUUGCCCCAAACCGGUAAUUUCAUUAGCGACAUCAUCACGGGAAACCUAUCAUCGAACCUGUACACACCCCAAAGGUUGGAGGCAGAACGAGCAGAUCUAGACGACAAUGAUGGUUGGUUCUCUGGGAACGAAGACACCCACCCGGCCUCAGGCUACUACGAGACCCAUCAGGUGGAUGGUAGACUGAUUACGACGGACGGAUGGCCUACAGAAGCUUUUAUAGUGUUUCGUGCACUACAGCGUCUCAUCGUGUCUUUCAGAUCCGUGGACCCGCUACUGAGUGAUUACAAUCUCACCGUCGAUGCACCUACUAUCUUCCCUCAAAAUACAAUCAGGCACAGCAAUGAUGUUGCAUUGAAUUCUGAUGGGACCUUAGCAACGGGCUGUUUACUGGUUCCAUCAGAAACCACCAUCACAGCCUCUACCAACUCAUCCUGGAUGCUAGCCACGGCACCCAAUAUCAACAUUGACGCCAAUCCCGAUCUCCUAGUUCCCCUUUCAUCCAUCGCCAAUUUGACUUCUUGUGGUCUCUCCCCUUUUCUCAACUCCUCUCUCGCAGACACAACAGCCGACCAAAACCCUCUACCUUACGCCGCAUUCACGCGCUCGUACGAGUGGACAUUUGCCCCGGGUGAACCAUCGAACAACACAGCUGGUAACAGCACCAUGGGUCGGUGCACAGCCAUGUAUACCAACGGAACUUACCGUGGCCGUUGGCGGACAGUGGACUGCGCUGCCUCGUUGCGAGUCGCUUGCCAAGACCCCUCUGUGCCGUACCGCUGGGAGGUCCCCAGUGAACGUAGCCCUUAUAUCAACGCGCAGUCGCUUUGCCCCGAGGGCCUAGAAUUCAGCGUUCCACAUACCGCACUCGAAAACUCUCAUCUCCUAGCUGCGGCGCUCGCGUCGUCGUCGGAGAAGGAAGUCCGUGAGCCCAUUCUAGUCAACCUCAAUUCACUCGAUGUAGAGGACUGCUGGGUGGCCGGGGAAAACACCACUUGCCCAUAUGUUCCGCCAACUGAUACUGACCGAGCGAGGGUCGUUGUGGUCCCGACGGUCGCCGCUGUCAUCAUCUUUGUGUGUGCGGCCCUGACGUUUUUCGUCAAGUGCGCGGCAAAUAGGAGAGAAGACAAGAGAGGCAGGCGGCGGAGGAUGGUAGGGGGAUGGGAGUAUGAGGGGGUUCCUAGUUGA